AUGAUGCUUGCUAGUUUCAAUAUGAGAAAGUGGAGGAGCAAUAACGCCCAAUUACAUGCGAUUUGGAAUGCAGCUGAAAAUACGAAGUUUAAUGGAGACGGAAUGAAUAGCACUUUGUUAGGAUAUAUUUGGAAUCAUGAAGCAGAUAAACUGAAAUUUCGAAUCAAAGAUGAAUUACUCAAGGAUCCGGCUGAGGAAAUAACAAAACGGAAGAUUCUUCAAGUUGCGGGCGAACUAUACGAUCCUAUCGGUUUCAUAUCUCCCUUUGUUGUUGCAGCUAAAAUGAUGAUGCAAGAAUGUUGGCAAAGAGGUUACCAAUGGGAUGCACCACUUGAUCAAGAAUUUCAGAAUCGAUUAAAAACCUGGUAUAAUGAAAUUCCUAAAUUAAAAAAUGUUGAAAUUCCAAGACAUUAUUUCAACAAUCUGUCAAAGGAAAAUCUGUCGAAUAUUCAAUUGCACUGUUUUACAAAUAGUAGCCAAAAGGGAUAUGGUGCCGUUGUAUAUUUGAGAUACAAUGAAAAUGAGUUAACAAAAACAUCAUUUGUUAUGUCCAAAGCAAGAGUUGCUCCCAUAAAAAGGGUUACGUUACCUCGACUGGAGCUUUUAGGAGCAGUCAUAGGAGCUCGACUCAUCACAUACAUCCGACAUUCGUUGAAAAACAUAGAAAUGAAGAUUUAUAUGUGGACAGAUUCAGAAAUUGUAUUACAUUGGGUCAAGGCUGAUCCGACAAAAUGGAAACAAUUUGUACGAAAUAGGUGUCUAGAAAUCCAAGAGAAAACUGAUCCAGAUUGGUGGAAUUAUUGUCCCAGCCAUGAGAAUCCUUCGGACUUAUUGACGAGAGGACAGAAGGUAGAAACCCUUUCAAAAAAUGAGCUGUGGUGGUAUGGCCCACCUUGGCUUGUCAAAGAUAACACAUUUAAAGCUAAGCCACUAAGUCAGGAUAUCGCUCCUUUACCAAUCGAAAGAAUAACAGAGGCAAAUCCCUUCGAAGUUGUAGGAUUUCUUGAUUUUGCUGGUCCUAUGAGUAUUCAAAGGAUGAAAAGAAGCUGGAAACAGUUUUAA